UAUUGUUUAUAAUUUACGUGAUUCACAUAACCUCAUAAAGUCCAUCGAAACAAGUCUAAUUGCGUUAAAUUGAUGCAAUCAAGGAUUUUGAAUCUCCUGGACAGAAAACAUCGAUCGCAAGCCGCGCGUACUAAUGAUUUCCAAUUAUGCCAGAACCAAAUCCAUGCUGCAUCCUACAGGAUAUAAAAACUGAAGAAUUUGAAAAUCCCAUUGUAAUUCCAAAAGAUGAAGCCACGUUACCAGAAACUCAAGAGAAUUUUCAAGACUCGCACGAAACGAGAUGUCCAAUCAUUAAACCAUGUGUUUGCACGGAACCAGAAGUUCUCAUCCCUAGACCGAUAGUCUUACCUCCUGAUCCUUUAGGACCAGCAAAAGAACCUGUACCUUUAGAUUAUUGGACUCCUUUGGCAGGAUUGACAGGAACUCGACCGGCCGUUGAUAACUUUUCAAUUUCACGAUAUAGUCCCGCCGAAGGGCGACUGCACAAUAAGAGUCUUUUCGAAAAUUCUGAAACCAGUAUAGAAAAUGCCGCUUUGGCAGCCUUCAAUGCGCGGCGUUAUAUGCAUCGUAUCUAUAUUGAAACAGACAAGAACCAGUUGUCCAGUGACAUAAAACUCAGUGAAAGAGCUGGUCUUAUUUUUCGAUGGAAAACGGAAUUAGAUCUAUCCAUUGCUGAUACAAUUAAAGAGAUUAGUUUAAUCCAAGAAGAACGUAAACGUAUAAUACGGUGCCUGCAUGCUGUACAAAUGGUGCACGCCAUUGCGACUGACGUAAAACAUGCAAGGUGUUCAAGAAUGGAAUUUGAUUUAAUUCUAGAUGAAGUAGACGAAGAAGUGAUUAAGGAAUUAAAAUUGAGCGCGGAAAUUCAAAUUCUAUACAACAAAUAUGUAGAUCAAUUAAUGUCACAAUUGCAAGAAUUGAAGGACUCAAAGCAAAAAUUAGAGAUAGAUCGUUCCAAUAAACUGGACUCUUAUGAAAUCGACACUACUUGUCGUGGAUUGAAAAGUGAUUCAGAAAUAGUAAUUUGGAAACCAGGAUCUGCUAGAAUCCCACCGGAUCAAUCGUCACCGUACGACUACGAACGUUACACAAAAGAAGGUUUGGUCCAGGCUGAUAAUGUUCUAGAAAGAUCACGUAUUCUUCGCAAUAACUUAUAUAAUAUUUACGAAAAAGCAAUCAGGGAUCUUAGGAUUCAAGCUGAUCGUAUUGAACUUGCUCUUGCGAAUAAAAUCGAAUUAACCGUUCAAAUUAUUCAACGCCUGGAAAACGAACUAAUCAGAUGUCUACGUAAACUGGCAGAUACUGAAUUUCUGGUGGAUCAAAUGCGUACAGCCCUAAAGAGAUUAGACGGUGCCAUGAAAUGCGCACAGACGCGAUUAGAUAUGCGAUUAAAGCGUGCUGGUGUAGAAAGUUGCAGAGAUGCUGUUCAGGCCGAAUUAAUAGAAGAAGUGAAGAUUCUGUCGAAGAAUAUAUCUGACAUGUUGGAACAGAUAAAAUCUGCUGAUGAUUCUACGAUUGAUUUAGUCAAGGCACGUCGAGAUAUAGAAACAGAGAUCAUUGUGAAAAAAAAGUCACUGUGUGUAGAUCGCGAUCGUUGCCAAUUGAUAAGAUCCUUUUAUCCCACUGUUCAAACCUUGGCUGGAUAUUGUUAACGUUUAUAUAUUCCUUGAAUAAUUGGAUAUACGAAUGACGCGUUGGAUUUUUGUUAAAGUCCUUAUACACGCAAUUUUUAAAUGAAUUCUGUACAGAAUUUUUUAUGUUACUUUACAGUUAGCGUUGUAGAUUUGUAAAGAAAUA